AUAAGCUGACGGUCGCCGGACGGGAACCAUCACAGCCGAACACAUCCCGGUCGAGUUCGCACAUAUUCACCUCCCGUGUGUGCGUAGACUCCUGAUAACCGUAACGCACCUAUUGCGCACCGUUUCGCGGCCCGCAGAAAUACCGCCGGACAACACAAUAGUAUUAUCACGAUGUGUUCCACUGCAGCCGUUGUCCGGAGAGUCUCGUGCGUUUGCGCGGCCGUCGCCUUGGCCGCCGUCAUAUCGCAGGCGUCCGCGUCGUCCGCGGAACAGCAGCAGUCCGCCGGCGGUCUCGGCACGGUCUUGUGGUCGGUGCUGGACGGCUGCCUGGGCCCGGACUCGACCGAACCCACGGCCGUGUGUCUCAAGUCCAGGGCGCUGACCGCGCUGGACCGGGCGCUGGCCAGACCCACCGUGACCGUGGCCGAAGGCGUUUCGCUGGCCACGCGCGCCGGAAAGUCCCUGCCCGUAGAUCUGUUGCAGGCCGAGAAGGCGGACCGCGCCGCCCUGGACGCCGCCAAGGAUCCGGACCACAAGAACGCACUGCUGGACGACCUGCUCGUCGGCCGGCUGAACGAUUUCGUGUCCACCCGGUCUAUCGUGCUGGACGAAUUGGCCGGAGAAGAAGGUUAGUUGGCUGUUACAUACUGACCGCAUAAUAAUUUAAGGCCCACGAGGGGGAUAGGGUGGGAAAUUCCUCACUAAAAAGGAAUUUAGGUACUGCGUGAGGGAUAAUAUAGUGAUGGUGAAACUGUGAGAAUAAAAUACAAAAUGUGCAAGUUUACCAUAUCUAAAAUUAAAAACGGUUUAUCUCAUAUUUUUAAUUAAUAGAGGGAAGCGUGUAAUUUUUGAAAAUCUAAAAAGGGGCGCGGGCGUAGAAUAAAAGAACGUUUGAAAACACUGUUUUGGAGCACUUUUUCUUUCGUUGUAGUGAAAUUCAUCAUCGUAUACAUUCAAAUCUGUGCACAACACGUUUGGGUAUUUUUAUUUUUUUUUUACAUCUAGGGCACUCAAUUGUGUUAUUAUAUAUCGCUGAUGUCCGAUUUAAGUACUUAAAAAAAAAAUGUUUAGAUUUUCAACGUUCGGUGUUUUAUUAUUAUUGUAUUAUAUAUUUGUCCAUAGGUCGUAGCAAGAAAAAGCAACAGAAGUCAAUGCAACAAGCCAUCAUGAUGGCCGGAAUGACGGCCGUGGCAGUGCUGGGGCCGAUGGCUUUCAGUUUCGUCGCAAUGUUGGCCGGCAAAGCCUUGUUGGUCAGCAAAAUCGCUCUGGUCGUGUCCGGUAUUUUGGCGCUCAAGAAACUUUUCCAACCGCAACCGAAAAAGACCACCCACACCACGAUCGAGGCGAUACCGCAUUAUUACAGCGGCGGCGGUGGCGGCAACGGUGGCAGUGGCGGCGGUGGCGAACAAAACGUCGAACUGAACGCGCACGACAUGGCGUACUCGCAGUACUCGCAUCAAAAGUGACGGAUUCUGUCGGCCGUUAACUAUUAAUUUAUUAAUUAUUUAUAUAAAACAUAUCGCCAAAGUAAUGGCGUUCAAAUGCCAUGUCUAAUUGCCCGUGUUGAAAUAUUUUACGAAAAUUAAUAUAUUUAUUUUUAUCAAUA